AUGACCACGCUUCUCAUUCCAUUUGAACAAUUAACGAGGGAGAUCAGCUCACAUCAGGCUACUACUGCGGACGUGAUUCCGUCUGUUGUGGCACUGAAACGUUUGCUGAGCAAGACAGCUGACACAGACAGUGGGGUCCGCACAGCAAAGCACACACUACUGGACGCUGUGAACGAGCGAUUUGGAAGCGCCUUCUCUGAGCCGAUCUACUAUUUGGCAACGAUCCUUGACCCGCGGUACAAAGACCGUUAUUUUGACACAGUCACCAAGCAAGCAGCGGUAAAGACGCUCCAGCAACAAGUGGACAAAAUGACGCACAGCGACAGCGCAGCGGUAAAGACGCUCCAGCAACAAGUGGACAAAAUGACGCACAGCGACAGCGCAACGGAGACACCGGACACAGAAGAACCGCAAGAGAAGAAGAUAAGAACAAGUGACGAGGGGGGAAAGUCGCUGCUUGACAUGCAUGAUGAAAUUCUGGAGGAAAACUCGACCAUGGAACAGCAGGCAGGCCUGACAAGCCACAUAAGUGUGCAGGUGCAUGGCUAUCUGAGUGAGCCCCUCAUCCCCAGAAAUGAAAGCCCACUGCAGUAUUGGAAAAACAACAUGUCUCGCUUUCCUGCCCUGGCUAAAGCAGCACGCAAGUACCUUUCAGCUCCAUGUACAAGUGUGGACAGCGAACGUCUCUUCUCUGCUGCAUCACAUAUUGUUGAUGAAAAGAGAAACAGGAUCCAGUUGAUGGAGAAAACAACUAUUUCAAAAACCACUAGGAACAUUACAAUCGCCACAUUUUUGAUGGCAUUUCUUACAAUCUACAUGUACCUGUACCACGACUCAACCAAAAACUUUUUCAGCAAAUUCACUGGUGCUCAUGUCCAGAUAAAUAACACAGAAAAUUGCCUCAGUGUUCUUAAGAUGCAUAACUACAAGUGCAGCCCAGACAUCACCUUGGACAAACAUCUGAUAGCAGCAUCUAAAGAGAAAGAAGAACCAGACACCAUUGUGUUAAUCUGGAUGUGGCCUUUUGGCGUCAGUUUUGAUUUAAGACCCUGCAGUUCGGCUUUCGGUAUCCAUGGCUGCCAUUUAACGGAUGACAGAGGUCUAUUUAAUCAAGCACAUGGGGUAAUGAUUCAUCAUAGAGAUAUUAGUGGGGAUUUAUCCAACAUGCCACAACUCCUACGACCAGCUUUACAGAAGUGGGUAUGGUGGAAUAUGGAGUCUCCAACUUAUACAAAUCAAAUUCCCUUGCUAAAGGAUCUAUUUAAUCUGACUUCAAGCUACCGCUGGGACUCGGAUAUUCCAGUACCUUACAGUAGGAUCACAGAAAGCACAGAGGAAGAGAAAAAAUAUACUAUCCCAAAGAAGGACAAAUUAGUUUGUUGGAUAGUAAGUCACUAUAGCCCAGACCUUAAGCGAUCACAUUAUUAUACUGAGUUAGUGAAAUUCAUUGACGUGUCAACUUAUGGCGGGCACUUCAACAAACGAGUUAAUGAUAAGGAAUAUUCCAGUUUAGUGUCCAGUUGCAAAUUCUACCUGUCUUUUGAGAAUUCCAUUCAUAGAGACUAUGUUACAGAGAAGCUGUUUAAUGCUCUAGGGCUUGGUACCGUUCCUGUUGUUAUUGGCCCACCCAGAGAAAACUAUGAGCUGUUCAUACCAAGUAAAGCCUUCAUUCAUGUGGAUUACUUUCCAUCCCCAAAAGAACUGGCCGAUCAUCUGAAACACCUCGACCAAAACGAGGACCUAUAUAUGCAGUACUUCACCUGGAGAGAACAUUUUGUUUCAAAGGCAACAUACUUUGGUCUUGAACAUGCCUGUUGGAUUUGUGAUCAUAUUAGAAGGAAUAAGCACUACAAAGUGGUCAAAGAUCUCAACAGCUGGUUCUGGGCUUAAGGCCAAUUUAACAGAUGCUGAGUGAACGUUGAGGUAAGUCAUGAGCAGGAGCGAAGCAGCCAUU